UAUUUUCCGUUGCUUUCAUUUCUUCAUACAAGCAGUGGCGGAACAGUCACCGGAAAAUGCAGUAACUGCCGUGCCGGUGUAUGGCCGCUUAACGAAUCCUUUGAUACCCUUAACCGCCAAAACGCCUCCAUCGGAACGAACACUGAUUUCCUUCAACAUCCUUCGCCUUCCAAAUCCUAUAUAAAUUACUUCUGCAAUUCGCUUUUAUUGUACCAAAGUUCUUCUCAAUUUGUAGUAGAAUCUUUUCGUUCCUUCUGCACACUACUCUUUCAGCGACACGCAGAGAAAUUCGGCAAUGGAGUCCGCCAUAGUCGUCUCGGAGGCCACUGAGGUCAAGAGUGAAAUCCGAAACGAGAACGAAAAGCUUCUCGUCGUUGCUCCUGAUGGUAAAGUCAAGGAGAUUGCUGUUUUGACCGAGUUUAAGAAGAAGAAGAACCAAAUUCAGGUUUCCAACGUCAAGAAGCCGUUCUUCUACUACUACAAUCUUUCCAAGAGGUACAUUAAGCAGUACAACGAAGUUGAGCUCUCUGCCUUAGGCAUGGCUAUACCCACAGUAGUGACAAUUGCCGAGAUUCUCAAGAAGAAUGGAUUGGCAUCUGAAAAGAACUUGACGAUAUCUUCUGUCAGUUUGAAGAAUGGAGAAAAUGACCGGCUGGUUAUGAAACCUAAGAUCGAGAUUGCAUUGGUAAAUGCAGAAAAAACCAAGAACAUUAUGACUGCUACAACAAGUGAAGAUUGUUGAUACAAGUUUUGAUAGCGUAGUAUCAUUCUUGGGUCUGGCUUGUCUUUAGAGGAAGCAGAUUCAAUCUAAUAGAAGUUAGAACCUAAGGAGAAGAGUUCCUCUUUUUUCCCAUACUUCUUUCUUUGUAACUGAAAAACAACUUCAAAUUGGAUAAACAGACUGAUCCCUUUUCUCU